AUGACUUCUGUCUGGGCCCGGCUGCCUGCUGUCAUUACCGCCGUCCUGGCGUUUGCUGCCUGUCCAGCCUCAUCGUCGAUACUGAGACACGGAUCUGAAACAAGCCUGCCUCUUGCACCUGAUGCAAACACCCGGUACCACAACACUUGGCUGGACCCGAUUCCCGGGACCGAGCCUCUGUUCGGCCGCCGGGAGCGCACCCUAGACCUAGGCAAGAGAGACUGCCUCGCCAACGGCUCCAACUACUGCUUCGGUAACGAUGUCGACUUCUGCCCUGGCUGUGGGAACUGUUGCGUGGAUGGGGAAUUCUGCUGCGGGGCCGAUCAAAUCAGCGUGGUGUGGGAGACGACAACCGCGGUCGCAAGAAGAGCUGCUACAUGUCUACAACCUCAGCCGAGCAAAGGAGGCAACCAGGCGCAACAGCCACACCCGAUUGAAGGCCGGGGGACCUCUAUUUCUACUGAUCCCACUCCUAUCCCAAGGAAAGCGAGAGAGGAGGCCACUCCUACAACGACCGACUAUGUCACUGAAACGGUUGACACGACGAGCAUAUCCUCCAUUAUGAUUACCGUCCAUACAACUUCAACGGAAGUCACUACAGUCUAUCAAACAAACACUCACGUCCUCAAAGCAGAAACAACAACCACCAUAACCUCCACUAUCACAGUCACCUCCAAACCACCCACAACGGUCACCCUCACUGAGACCGCCAGCAUAAUCCCUUCACCAACUGCAUCCGAAACCAACCAACCCACCUCCUCAUCCUCCACCGCACCAAACCCACUCCCAACCCCAGCCAUAGCUGGCAUAGCAGCAGGAGGCAGUGUCCUCGCCCUCCUCCUAGCCGGCUUCAUCAUCCUCUCCAUCCGCCGGCGGUGCGGCGGCGCCUUCCGCCGAUCAGGGAAACGACGCCCCUCCGCCGACUCGGCCACACUCGACUAUUUCCAACACCAAUUCCACCAGCAGCAGCAGCACCACCACCAUUACCCCCUCCAUUCCGACGAGGACGCGACCCUCUACCCCGGAACCGGGACCGUGACGGGCACCGCAACCGCUAACCGAAGCCGCAGCAGCACCCACACCGGCGCAGGCGCAGGCACACGCACCAGCACAGGCGCCCGCCCCAGCCUCGGCUCCCGACAACCCACCCUGCCGCGCGUCCUGCCCCAGUUCGCCACCGCCACCGCCGCCGCCGCCGCCCACCACGACGCCGAGUACACCCUCCCCGCCUCAGCCACCUCUCCCGCCUUCCCCACCUCCCCCACUACCACCACCACCACCACUCCCGGUACCGGUGCCGGCGGGGGCGCGUACAAGGCCGGGGGAGGGUACCUAACCGCCAACCCAGACCAGUACCAGCAAUACCAGCAAUACCACCAGUACCCACACCACCACCACCCACACCACCACCAGUCACACGAGCGGAACGAAUCCGGCCUGACGACGCUCGUCGGCACGCCGUCGCCGACAUCGCCUGGGUUUGCGGUACCGGCCGCCGGCGGGAAGGGGGGGGUGGUGGUGGUGGAGGAGGAGGAGUAUGGGUAUUUGCAACAGCUGCAGCUGCAACAGAAGCCGAAGCCGACACCAUCGCCGACGCAACAGGUGGUGGGGAUGCCGGAUCGGGGGAGUCGGGGGGGUUUGGGCGGCGGCGGUGGGAGUCCCGGGAGCGGGUGGGUGUAUCGGGUUGAGGUGGCGGAGGAGGUCGAUGGGGGGAGGAGGUUGGGGGAACUGGGUAGCGGUGGUGGUGGUGGUGGUGGUGGUGGUGGUGGUGUUGGGAGUGUGGGCGGUGGUGCUCGGCAGAGGGCAUAUUCGUCGCCAUCGGCGGCGGCGGUUGGGGGUCCUAGUCCCGGUCUCGGUCCUGGUCCUGGUCCUGUUGUUGCUGGGCCGCCGCCGCGGGUUCCGGCGUGGCGGUAUCAGAGGAGCCGGGCGGCGACUGUGGGGGAGCUGGCGGGGGAUGCGGUUGAGAUAGAGCUGGAUGGGAAUGGAGUGCGGCGGGGUUGA